AUGGUCGCCAUCGCGAUGGGUGCGCCCAAGGGCGAUUCCGCAGCUCGCGAGGAUGCCCCAGAGUUUGAGAAGGUUAUUUGGUACAAGGAGCCAAACAUGCGCAAGCUGUUCUUCUGGUCCUCCAUUCUUUGUAUCGCGUCUGCAACCACCGGAUACGACGGUAUGAUGAUGAACUCAUCGCAGCAGAUGAAGCGAUGGGAAGACUACUUCCACAAGCCGUCGAGCAACCGCUUGGGAAUAAUGAACAAUGCGUAUAACAUCGGUUCAAUCAUCAGUUUCUUCAUUGUACCUUUCAUGACUCAAGCUCUUGGUCGCAAAAUUCCCAUCAUGGUUGGCUGCCUGAUCAUGUGCGCUGGUGCGCUCGUUUCCACCUUUUCAACUACCUGGCAAAUCUACAUGGCCGGCCGUCUUAUCCUCGGUUUCGGCAACUCGUUCGCACAGAUGUGCUCUCCUAUCCUUCUCACUGAGAUCUGCCAUCCCCAACAUCGUGGUAUUUUCACGGCUGUCUACAAUUGUCUCUGGAAUUUGGGCGCCCUAUUUGUUGCGUGGAUUGCAUGGGGUACCUCUCAGGCUGAUAAUGAGUGGUCGUGGAGAUCCAUUACCCUCCUGCAAGCUGUGCCAUCUGUAAUCCAACUCAUGUUUAUCUGGUGGGUUCCAGAAUCGCCACGUUGGUUGAUCUCCAAGGAACGCUACGAAGAAGCUCUGGACACGCUUGCUUACUACCAUGCCAACGGAGACAAGAACAACAUUACCGUGCAGUUUGAAUACACUGAGAUGAGAGACACUAUCCGCAUGGAGGCUGAUGCUAACGCUAACUCGAGUUACUUGGACUUUUUCAAGUCCAAGGGUAACCGCUGGAGGUUGGCCAUCUUGAUCUCUCUCGGUAUCAUCUCCCAGUACUCUGGAAAUGCGUUGUUCUCCAACUAUAUCAACUUGGUAUACACCGGAGCUGGUAUUGAGGAUCAGAACCAAAAGAUGCUUCUCUCCGGAAGCGAACGUAUCCUCUACCUCGGCGUUUCCAUCUAUGCAGCCACACUUAUCGACAAAGUCGGUCGUCGCCCACUCUUCCUUGGCGCCACCGCUGGUAUGGCUGUGUCCUUCAUUUGCUGGACCAUCACUUGCGCCGUCUACGAGAACUCAGGCGAGCAAAACCAUGCUGCAGGAUAUGCUCAGAUCCCCUUUGUGUGGCUAUUUGGUGUAUUCUACGCCAUUGCAUGGUCUGGUCUACUUGUUGCCUACGCCCUUGAGAUUCUACCAUACCGCCUACGUGCCAAGGGUCUUACUAUCAUGAACAUCACUGUUCAGGCCAUUUUGGCUGUCGGUGGCCAGACCAAUCCUGUGGCAUGGGAGAACCUGCCUAAGCACUGGAAUUUGGCUCUAUUCUACACUCUCUGGAUCACGGUUGAACUCAUAUGGGUCUACUUUGUCUACCCUGAGACCAUGGGCCCGACGCUCGAGGAGAUCUCUCGUAUCUUUGACGGAUCCGAGGCUGUUGCUCAUGUGGACAUUGUGGCCAUCGAGAAGGAUGUGCACGAGGGACGCCUCGAGUCUAUUGAUGGCAAGGCUCCACACGUGGAGCAGACUCGCGUCUGA